AUGGCCAAUGAUGACCCCAAGGAACCGCAACCUGCGGUACUCAAUCCUGAAGUGGACCAACAGGACACAUCCGUCAAUGGGGACGACGGCGACGCGGAACGUGAUGGUGGAAAAGAUGUUCCGGUAUUUACUCCUGCGGGGGCACGAGUAGAGGUUCACCCACUUGUUUUGCUCUCACUUGUCGACCACUACGCCCGUGUUAACGCAAAAGUGUCACAAAAGCGGCGUGUCGCUGGGCUUCUUCUCGGCCGUCACCUCAGCCACCCUGGUGGAAUACAAGUGCUUGACAUCAACAACAGUUUCGCUGUUCCGUUUGAUGAGGACCCUCAGAAUCCUGAUGUCUGGUUUCUCGAUACAAACUAUGCAGAGGAAAUGUUCCUAAUGUUUCGUCGCGUACACCCCAAGGUGCGGAUUGUUGGGUGGUAUUCUGCAGGUCCCUCGUGCGCGGUGCAGCCGAAUGACAUGCUCUUGCACCUCCUUAUUGCAGAUCGCUUCUCGCUGAAUCCGGUGUACUGCAUUGUGAAUACAGAUCCUAACAACAAAGGUGUGCCCGUGCUGGCUUAUACGACGGUGCAUGGCCGAGACGGGGCGCGAUCGUUGGAGUUUCGCAACAUCCCCACACAUCUCGGCGCGGAAGAGGCGGAGGAAAUCGGUAUUGAACAUCUCUUGCGGGACCUUACCGAUUCCACCAUCACAACACUUUCCGCCCAGGUCCAGGAGCGUGAGCUUUCACUUGACCACCUCGGUCGUGUUCUGCAGUCAAUUGAGGAGUAUCUUAAUGACGUUGCAGAGGGUACCAUGCCCAUCUCAGAGGAUGUUUUGAGUGUCUUGCAGGAAGUUAUCAGCCUGCAGCCGCACAUUUAUCACUUGAAGACAUCAACUGACAUGGUGCGGCAUGCAAAUGAUCAGGCGAUUGCAAUGUUCAUCGCCGCCAUUGGGCGAUGUGUCUGCACUCUCUACGACGUUAUUGCUAACCGACGGCGCAUAGCUCGCGAAAUACAGGAAGUGAGAGCGCGGCGGGAGCGGUCACUAAAGGAAAAGUUAGGAAACGAACAGCACAAGGCGAAGGAGGCCGCCACGGAGGAAAGUAGAAAAGAAGGUGCUGCGAAAAAUAAGAAUAACGGUGGAACUUCAGAAGGGAAGUAA